CUCUCUCUCUCUCUCUCUCUCUCUCAUUUAAAAAGUUCCCGAAUCGUUGGCACGCGGCAUGAACGUGUCUGGACAUGUGAACCUGACGGCAGGGCAGGUGGUGGGCGGGCGUUUCCUUAUCGAGGCCAGGCUGGGGCAGGGCGGCUUCGGCUCCGUGUACCGCGCCCUGGGCUUGCACACCGGCUACCACUGCGCCCUCAAGGUGGAGCGGGGCGGCAGGAACGCGCUGCUGAGGGAGCUGGAGGUGCUGUCGGUGGUGGGCGGCGUGGGGGGAGUAGCGCCCGCCCCCCUGGAGUGGUGGCGCCUCGGAAACCACAGCGUGCUGGCCAUGGAGGCGAAGGGCGCCAGCUUGCGGGGCGUCAACGGCAGCCUGGCGGCCGUGGGCGUGCUGGUGGCGGGCGUGCUGGCACUGCUCGGGGAGCUGCACGGUCGCGGCUUCGUGCACCGGGACGUCAAGGCGAGCAACAUCGUGCACGGCGACCCCGCUGAUCCGCACGACGCACACCGCCUCUACCUGGUGGACUUCGGGCUGGCGGAGCGGUUCCGCGCGCCUCGGGGCGGCCACGUGCCCCUGCAGGAGGGCGUGCGGCCCAAGGGCACCUUCCAGUACCUGAGUGUGCGCAGCCACCGCCAGUUGCUGCAGUCCCGCCGCGACGACCUGGAGUCCCUGGCCUACGUGGCGGGCGCGCUGCUCAAGGGGCACCUGCCGUGGGUCUUCUCGUCCAGGCGGCGCCCUACGCACCCCGAAGCGGCGCGCAUCAAGGAGAGCCGCACCCGCGCUGUCUUCAGCAGCUGCCCGCGUGUCUUCGCCGACUUCCUGCAGUACGCGCGCGGCCUGGAUUACGCCGCGGAGCCCGACUACGACACCUGGCGCCGCGCCUUCCUGCGCCUCGAGUCCCUGAGCGACCCGCACGACGCGCUGCUGCACAAGUGUCGCCAGGACGUGUACCGUCAGCCGCGCCGCAACAAACACAACAACACGCACACUCCUUGACUAGCUCUUCUUAUUACUAUUACCAUUGAUUUUAUUCUUAAA